AUGGCUCAUAAUUCAUCAAUGUCACCAUUGAGAAAUUUCUCUCCGAGAAAGGUUGAAGUUGUGUCCACUGUAUGCUUUACUCAAAACCGAAGUAUCAUUAAUCGACGCCUCAACAUGACACUGUAUGGAGCCAUGAAUGGUUGCAAGCCAAAUAUCUCAUUCCUACAUGUUUUCGGCUGCAAAUACUUUAUCAAGAACAAUCGUGACCAACUCAUAAAGUUUCAACCCAAAGCUGAUGAAACAAUUUUUUUGGGACACUCCUCCAAAUCUAAAGCCUACCGAGUUCUGAAUCAUCGAACUCAUGUAUUUGAAGAAAGCUUUGAUGUCACUUUUGAAGACAACUAUGUUCGGAAUUAUGACCCAACCCAUGUUACAACGUCCAUUAUGAUGUUCGAUGCACCAACUCGAGGAUCUCCGAAUCCUCAAAUCAUUUAUGAUAAUAAAGGAAAUAAAACAAAUGAUGUUAUUUUUGAAAAGCAAAACACCAAUUUAAACGUACAUCUUCUUCCGGUGGUAUCGCCGCUGAUAAAACUUCCCAGGCGGUGGGUGGUGUGUGGCUUAGCCGCUGUUACAUAUGCCAUACAAUUCGAGUUGCAGUCGUUUUAUGAGGCAAAAGUCAAAAUUGUGAAAAUGAGCCUGACCAUCAGGUCUUACUGCCCAGCUUUAUCUUCAUCUUCACCGCGCCCAAACAGUCUAUUCGACUCCCCGAUUAAAUGGCCAUAUCCUCCUCAUGUAAAAACUUCGUACUUGAAACUUUAUAGGGGUCAUUAUGAUGUAGGGAGGGGAGUGAAACACUUGUCGGUGAGUGGCGGCACUGAGAGGAAGAGGAGGGCUAGCACGGCGGCGUCUUCUUCAAUGCACGUAUCUCCCUGGGAUGAUAAACCUUACCAGGUCUUACCUAGUGGGGAAAUAGCUUACUACGACGAGCGGGACGUGGUGUCGUUUCUCGAUCCACCCAAACAACUUAUUCCUUUAGAUCCAUCUUCUUACAACCCCGCUACUUAUCUCUGGAAAAAGAUAGAUGACAUCCCAGAGGAAAGGAGACAUCGUUUGCUGGCAUUGCUUAAUCCCAGACUUAUUUCAAGAGCUUGGGAAGUCGCAGGCACAAGAUAUGAUAAUUCAAACUUGGCAAAGAAAAGUUCAUCUAACUUGUUUGGUGAUGAAACAGGUGUGAAGUUGCUUGAAUUUUGGCACUGCAGAACGAAUGGAGGGCCCUUGGCUGUAGCCUGGAUUAAUUACUUCAAGAAGGCUUUAUUUAGCUGCAAGGAUGGCCAAAUUUUUGGAAGAGUUAUUGAUGCAACAGUUCUGAAUGGAUUAUCACACUCGUUUGCUCCAUUAUACUUCAAAGUGAAAGAGGUGACUGAAGUGAUGGCAACAGAGCAGCCAUGUGAUGUGGCAUAUGAAUUUGGAAGUGGAGAUUUCGAUUUCCAGGAAUACCCUCAAGGAUUUCCAAAACCAGGAAAACAUCCAUGGCCGUUUAAUGAUGAGGUUGUGAUAUAUGUAAGAAACGUUGGGCCUGGUGUUAUGGUGGGACAAGUAUGGCAAGAAGGACAAGAUUUGAAACAAGUGCCUAAGAAAAUAUGUAGCGAGAUUUUAAUGGUUAAAGAUUAUGAUGCACAAUUAGAUAAAAGUUGGUGA